AUGCAUGAUCCACACUCAUUGGUUUCCGUGCAUGAAGAUCAAGAAGGCCACCAUUUCGAUCUGGAGAACGUAAAGAUCCUAGCUCAUGGAAGUACAAAACAUGCGAGGGAGUUUCUGGAAGCUUGGUUCUCUACCACGCAGUCAAUCAAUCGACACAUCGAACUGGACGCAGGAUACGCCACCCUACUGAGGAACGACCGCCAACUCGAUCGAUUGAAUCCGGUGGAACGUGUGACUAGACCAACAGAACUGAGGGCAAACUCGCUCACUCCGAUCACGCAUUGGUUCGUGCUAAGAUUUGCAUGCGUUUCGGAGGAUCGCCUAAGCGCGCUCUCUACCGACCUGACUUCGCGAAUCUACAAAACCCUGCGAUUUCAACCAGGUACCAAGCCUCACGGUCCACUGCUUGGCUCAACAAUUGACGGUGAUCUCGAUUCGCAGUGGGCGCAUAUCAAAGAUGCUUUAGUUUCCGCCAGUAUCGACACUUGUGGAGUUACCCGUCACCCACCGAAGCAUUGGAUUUCCGCCGACUCCUUGUCGCUGAUGGACAGACGCCCCUUGCUCCCAUCGGAUUCCAAACACAUUGAAGAACACCAGUACCUUGGUCGAGAGUUGCGCAGGAGUCUGCAAAUGGACGGCGAAGCUUGGUGGUGUGAACUUGCUAGGGAGAUGGAACUUGCUAGUCUCUGUGGUAAUACCAGGAAACUCUUCCAUCUUAUUCGAGUCACCGAAGGUGUUCGAUCUGGUAUAAGUGAAACAAUAUGCGAAGAGGAUGGCACCUUAAUCACCAAUCUUCAACGACGGUUGGAGCGAUGGGCCGAACAUUUUGGCUCGCAGUUUUCUUGGCCCCCAGCUACAUCUGCUACCUCUGACGCUCGCGCUGAGGCAGAGUUGUCUACCCCAACAGACCCUCCCUCUUCCCAGGAAAUCGAGCAGGAGCUCCGGCACAUGAAGCGUUAUAAAGCCCCUGGCCCUGAUGGUCUUCCUCCGGCUCCAUUUAAAGAUGGGGUUGCAUCGCUGGUUCGAGAACUCACCACUUUGUUCUCAAAAAUUUGGUCGAACGAGGAAGUUCCGUCGUCUUGGGGUGAAGAGAUAGUCGUCCCCAUCUUCAAAAAGGGCCUGCGCACAGUCUGCCCCAACUACAGAGGAAUAAGCUUAGUCCCCGUGGUUUGUAAGCUGCUGGUGUCCAUCAUACUUCGCAAGCUAUCCCCAACACGUGAAACAUUACAACGAGAAGAACAAGCUGGGUUUCGCCCUGGUCGUGGCUGCAUCGAUCAAAUCUUCACACCUCGCCAGAUCCUCGAGCUCCGCCAUGCGUAUCAGAGGCCAACGAUUGCUGUGUUCAUAGAUAUCUGUGCAGUCUUCGAUUCUGUCGAUCGCACGGCACUGUGGCACUGUCUACUGAGGAAUGGUGUCCCCGAGACGUUCGUCUCCAUACUGCGCGCUGUAUAUAGUCUGACCUCGGACAGGGUUAGGGCAUACGGCAAGCUUUCGCCUACCUUUGUGGUCUACAGUGGAGUUCGACAAGGAUGCCCUAUCUCUCCGUUCCUAUUCAACUUUGCCAUUGAGGAUGUCUUGAAGAACCCUCUAGGCGAUUCGUUGAAUGCUGGCGUUGAGCUCCUCCCAGGUAGUCGAGUUGUUGAUUUGGAUUAUGCUGAUGAUAUCGUCUUGCUGGGUGACGACCCACACAUCGUCCAACUUGCAUUAAACCGCUUGGCGAUUGAAGCUUCAAAGUACGGUAUGUACUUUUCCCCAUCCAAAUGCAAGGCUCUCUUUCAAGACUGGCAGGUGCCUCUGCCUGCACUCACGCUUGCUGGUGCGACACUAGAGGUUGUGGAGAGCUUUGUCUACUUGGGAAGUUGCAUCACUGCUGGCGGAGCUGUUGGAGACGAGAUUUCUAUGCGCAUAUCGAGAGCAGGCCUCGCUUUUCCUAGGCUGAGGUAUUUGUGGCGUCGCCACGACAUUCGUCUCUCCAUCAAAGGGUGGAUCUAUUGUGCGACUGUUCGUGCUGUACUGUUGUACGGAUGCGAGACCUGGCUCAUUUGUAAAGAUGACUUGCACAAGCUAUCCGUUUUCGAGCACCGCUGUCUGCAGUCCAUUACCCCUUGUAUGGUGGCAGCACCACCUCUGCUCUUAUCUGUUGAUGAUUACACCUUUUUAACUUGUCAUUUGCAUUCCAACAUUGUUACGCUCAUUGCUCCAGUUUGCCUUUUUUGUUCUUCUUCCCCCUUUACUUCAUUUUACUUGGCCAGCACAGCGGGAACUGCUACUGCAGGGCACGUGGGCAUUGUUUGGUUGACCCAGAGUGAACCGCGUGUAUUGAUUUGGCUCCUCCUUGCUGAUCGCCCCACCGAUUUCACUCCGGGAUCAAAGACGCUCUACAAAUUGGAACAAUCACGGGAUUCUCCUACUGUUCCGGUCCCACUUGAACUUGAACUUGCUCAUCCGUAA